AAGGAAUUUUACGCUGACGGGGUCGUAAGUCGGUGCCAAUACCACUCACUCGCCUUAGCUGUCAGUUUCUGUCUGUUGACCCGAAGUCAUGAUGUUCACGAACAAAGCGAGGAUGACCACAGUACUCGUCAUCUGCGUCCUAACAAUGGUGUUCUACAUCGGUGUUCAUCAAGGGCGCGUCAGUGAAUACGUGAAGAUUGCAUUGGGCUACCUCGACGAUGACGUCAAUCCCCCAGAUGUUAUGACCAGAAACGGAACAUUAUUCGAACGUCAACCUGUCCAACAAAUUGUCACCGGCAUCGCAAAAAUCGACGCUGAAGAAGAAACAGUGCACGAAAGAAGCGACGUAGUCGGAGUCGGUGGGACCAUGAUCGAUUUAGAGACUGCCGAGCCAAAAGAGCUGAUGAAUCGGAUGGUGAUAGUGACUGCGAUAUCGCAGAAUCAUUUGAAGGAAUCGAAGGGAAUGAUCGGCAGCGUGCAGGAAUUCCUGCCACACACUAGAAUCAUAAUGUAUGACCUGGGCCUUACUCCAAGAGGUAUUAAACAGGUGAGACGUCUUUGCAAUGUAGAACUUCGAACGUUUGAUUUCAGCAUGUAUCCGUCACACGUCAGGAAUCUCUUAAAGUUCGCGUGGAAACCGCUUAUAAUUCAGGGAGCGUUGAAUGAGUUUGGCAUCGUCUUUUGGUGCGAUGCGUCGGCGCGAUUCAAGAGAAAUCCACUGGUCCUGUUCACAUUGCUAAAGGAGCAACACGGCUUCAUGCGCCGAGUCGUUCAGUACAAACCUGAUUACAUGCUGAUUCGUACUCACCCUAAGAUGUUUGAGGCACUAGGCAUAGACAGGGAAAACUUCAAGAAGGACGGCGACUACGCCAUGUGCAUCGAGGCCAACCGCCUGCUGUUUGUGAACAGCGCCCUCGUGCGAAGGAACAUCAUCGAGCCUUGGGUGGACUGUGCACUUAGGCCCGCCUGCAUCGCCCCGAAUGGGAGCGUCAUACGGCAAUUCAUGGCGGGACCAAAGCUGUACACGCACCGUUUUGAUCAGGCCGCACUCGCCCUAAUCAUCUACAAGAAUCUGAGGGGUGUGUUCAAGGAGCAAAAUGACCGGUCGGAACUGUUUCAAGACGUUGUUAAAGUGGCCCGUUCCAGUGAAGGCUACGAAAAGGCGAAGGUCUGCAACCAGUCACUGACAGUCAGUGACUGGUUACCUAUCUUCCCCAAUGACUGGUAACUUAGCUCUACUAGUCUUCGUUUUAUAUUUCUAGCAUCAGCUGUAUUUAGCGGUGCCGUUAGAUGUAUAGCCCAUUAUCAUGUUUCGGCCAUCUUGAUUUUUUCGCAUUCAAAUCAACGUAACCAAAGCGAUGCUGGUUCUUAAACGCUUUAUUAAGGGCCUCCCCUGGUAUCAGGCGUGUAUCAAUGGGUGUUGUUUGCCCGUUGCAAAACAGAAUUUUCGUCCCGUUUAAUACGUCUUCACCGUCCUGAUUUUACUUCUAUCAACGUCCCGAUUUGCUUUUCAAAUCUGCAUCCCGUGGCAAUCUGCCAUUCUGCACCCCCGGCUGCCGCAAAGGGUGUACGCUUUGACAUUUUGGACAUUAAAAACAGGACAAAAACAAUAGAAUGAUAAAAAAGAAAUGAAUUCGAACGUAAUGAAAUUCCCACUUUAUGAGGAAAAAAAUCCUCCAAAGCUUUAGAUUAGAACAAAAAAAACCCCAUUUGAACCCACACCACGAGGAUCCCCAGCGGUACAAAAUCAAGACUCUACCGAUUGAGCAGGAAAUUCAUGGUAAUACCUGCGUACGUCUCAUAAUAAGUAAAGAGGGCUCUAGACCACCAUGUAUUGUGGAUGUUGUUUUUGGAAAAAAAUGAUUUGCCCCCGGCUAUGCCACUGCCUACUUUAUUUGAAGGAACUGCAAGUAAUCUAGGAACGAUUGAACGAUCUGGCAGGGAAGCACGGCAUCUCAACGCCUCAGUGAUUCCUGCUUACUUGAACUUGAACUGUACAGCUUGUUGAACCAUUCCAUGCAAAGGACGGACUUCAAAACCAUUAUCCCUGUCUGUGUAUUGUCAGACAUGUUCAGAGGUUUUAAAGGCCCUUCGUGAUCUUUCGUGAUUAUUGAACUAAAAACAUUUUUAUGAUAACAUUAAAAAUACAUGUAAAUAAAACUUCGUCAGGAAAAGUAAACAUGUGGAGAGGGCGGUCAUAUUUGUAAUUUGUCGCCACGUCGUUAUGUCUACUUUGACGCAACGCCACGCUUUAUUUUCAAUGUUUGAGUCUCUCUACAUGUUGUUACGUAAUACGUUGGCCAGUGUUGGCCAUUGUAUUGUUGGCCAGUGUUGUCGCAAGAGAUCAUAAACACAGCCUGCGAAGCGUGACUGUCGCGACCACUAAAUGAAGUUGAAGCAAUAUUAAUAUUAUGUUAACAUACAACGGAAUUUCCAAUGAAGACUGGAGGCCCAACCAGUGAAGACAUGGUGCUUGUCCCUUUACAGGUGUAGCAACUGUGAUACUGUUGGUGACGUAAUCUGCAAGGCUAUAAACCUCUACGGCAUGUUGCGAUGGCCAGUCAGACUCUUCUGUACAUGAAACUCGCCUUAUCUGUGUUGAUAGUCCUCUGUGCUGCGAUGGUCGGGUACCACGUCUUCAUGAAACAAGACUACAUGGAGAAAUCUCUGAAACAAGUACCCACUGAGGUAACUCGUGACCCCGAUGACGUCAGAUUGUCUGGGGUCAUUCCUCGCAACAGCUCGACGGUUGAAAGGAAACUAAUCAAAGACAUUGACAAUGAGUCCAGAGAUAUCGAUACUGGUCAAGUUCGACGCAACGGAGUAAUCGAAGAGGUUGGAAUCGAUGAGCGCAUGAUAGGUUUGGUCACUGCGGAUCCAAGAGAACUCAUGAAUCGGACGGUAAUAGUGACUGCGAUAUCGCAGAAUCAUUUGAAGGAAUCGAUGGGAAUGAUCGCCAGCGUGCAGGAAUUCCUGCCGAACACUAGAAUCGUAAUGUACAACCUUGGACUCAAUACAGCAGGUAUCCA